AUGCAGUGCAAAAAUACUGAAACUGCAAUACAGUACAGAAUAGUUGAUGUUGGGCUGGAGAUAAAAUUGUUAUACUUGAGCAAGUUCAAAGGUCAAAAACUACUAGAAAGAUAUCAAGAAGUAUUACGGGAAAAAUCACAGUCUCAGUCUGAUAUUGAUCAAUGUGAAGCAUAUUACGAAGCUGCUGGGGGAACAAGGAAGAGAAGAAUAUACGGUCUUGGAUCUCAAGCACAAACAUCAGCAGCACCUUCAACUUCUCAAUCAACACCGACAGAAAAUAUGGAGGAGUUAGUGAUGCGAUUGAUUCCUACACUGACUGAUCGCUUGCUUCCUUUAUUUAUUGAGAAGGCACGCGGAGUGAUUUUUUCACCAUCACAUCAUCCAAAUACUCCUAUCGACAAACCAUCAGUUGUGACACCCAUAGUGCCUCCUCCUACUAUUGCUAACGUUGACGAUGUUGAUCCUUUAGUUUCUGAUAAUGAUCGUAGUCCUUCACCCAUGCAUUAG